UUUGAGUAACGUCUACAAUUCUUCCAGGACUCUGCAGUUCUAGUGAAAGGAUGGAUCAAGGCUAGCUAUCUAAAGUACAGAAUUGCAGUGUGGGAGCAAAAGCAUCACCUGCAAUGGAGGAAGUGGCAAGUGCUCUGUCUUCUUCUGUGGCAAUUGAAACAGAAAUCAACCUUGACAUCUUGGAGAGCAGUUCUCCUGCAUCUGUUGUGGAUGACCAGGAUCAAAUUAAUGAUGAAAUACUGAGAACUAUUAAACCCACAAGCAAAGAGUUCAAGAAAACUUGGGGUUUUCGCAAGACCACAAUUGCUAAACGUGAGCUGAUCAGCGACACUGAUAUGGAUGCUUCAGAAUCCCCGCAGUCCACUCCAUCACUCCGCCGCAGUGGGAGGCAGCCAAAGCGCACAGAAAGAGUGGAAGAGUUCCUGACAGCCGUCAGGAGGAACAGGGGCAGGAAGAGUAAUGCUCUGGAAGAGUCUAGUGAUAGGUCAUGUCCAGUGACAGAUGCUGAAACUGCAUCAGAAGGUAGCGUGGAAAGCACACCCGAUGUUAAGACUGAAGCAAAAAGUGAGGUUAAGAAGGAAGAGGAUGAUAGCUCAGAUAGUGAUGGUAUGACCCUGAAAGAGAUCCAAAAUAGACUCCGGAGUAAACGCCCUGAUAAUCCUGUGGUUGAGACCAUUCCAGUACAGACUGUUACCGCAGCACAUGUAGAGGGUGCUAUCCGUACUAGGAGUGCUAACCGAGCAAUCCUGCUUCAGCAGCUAGCCGCUGCAAUAAAACAGGUACCUCAGAGCCCUGAUAAUACAGAAGAGGAGAAAAUGGUGAGAAAGUCAUCCACAAGAAAGCGACCAGAGGCUGAGAUCUACGACCCCAACACCUUGUAUUGCAUCUGCAGACAACCUCAUAACAACAGGUUUAUGAUCUGCUGUGACAGAUGUGAAGAAUGGUUUCAUGGUGACUGUGUUGGCAUUACUGAAAGACGUGGACAGCUACUUGAAAGAGAUGGGGAGGAUUAUAUUUGCCCUAACUGUACUGUCCCACAAGGGAAUGAAGAAAGUACUAUAGACAUUAACAAGGAGGGGGAGGCCGUGAUAACUAGCGCCACUCCUCUAUCUGUAUCCAGCACCUUGUCCUCUGUGGAGCAGAACGCACCUGAUCUGGGUAUCAAAGGUAGAAUUGAGAAGGCGGCAUUUCCUAGUGGCAAGAAAAAACUGAAGAUCUUUCAUCCUGUCUGUGAAGCUACUGAGGUCUCUCAGGAGGUUUCUCCUGCUCCGGAGAUGUCGGAGUCUCUAGAUGUGGCCAAGUGCAUCGGACCAGGCUGUUCGAAUCUUGCCCUUCAAGACUCUGUGUAUUGCAGCCAUGACUGUAUACUUAAACACGCUGCGGAAACAAUGAAGUCACUAAGCGCAGGCAAAGACACCAAGCCCAAGGAAAAGGUCAAGGUAAAAACUGAGAAGUUGUCCCCACCACCCAAAUCCCAGGCUCCUUCAAAACCCCCAGUUGUGCAGAAAGCCACUGUGGAGAAGACGGACAUCCAGAAGCCAAGUGUUUUAGUAACCCCAAAGGUGGAGGCCGAAUCGUCCGGCGAGGAGCCAGCGGAGGAGUACAGCAGCAGUACACCUUCUUGGGAGAGCGACCAUAAUUACAUUGCUGUAAAGCCAGAAAAGACUGCUGCCAUUUCAUCCACACUGUUUUACAAAUCUGAGCAAACAGAAGAACCUGAAAAGAAACCAGAACUGCCUGCUCCUGUUAAAAAGCGCCCACUGUCUCCGACUUCUUUGGCGAUGAAGCCGAUCUCUGCUCUGCCACGGAUCCCCAUGUUGAAGAAGCUCUCCAUUGCACCAGUUCAAAGCAAGCAUCCACCAAAACUGUCUCCCGGCUCUACCAGCAGCAGCAGGAGCAAAGUCCUUCUGCCUCUAAAACCGCAGCCCCGUCCCCAUCCCCAUCCCCUUCCCGCUCUCAUUUCAUCUGCUAUUAGUAAACUUCCGAAGAUACCCAAGAAGGUACAACCUCAAUCUUCUGCAUCUGAGCCAAAGGUGGUGUCAUCUUCAAACUCUGUAAGCAAGAAGCCAGCAGCUGUGGUCUCUCCAUCCCACUCUUCUUCCACGUCUGGACCUAGUUCGUCAUCUUCAUCGGUGUCGAAUGCUCCACCUAAGCCGUCAUCCAGCGCUCCUCGUCCCGGGCCCAAUAAUCAGAUCAGGCAGAACAUCCGCAGGUCAUUGAAGGAGAUCCUUGUCAAAAGGGUGAACGGCAGCGAUGAUCUGGUGAUGUCAGAGAAUGAAGUGGGGCAGGUUGCUGUAAAUAUCGAAAAAGAGAUGUUCAGCCUUUUCAAAGACACGGACAGUGGGUACAAGAGCAAGUAUAGGACCAUCAUGUUUAACCUGAAGGACCCAAAGAAUCAGGGUCUGUUCCAACGAGUUCUUCGCGGAGAAAUGUCACUGGCAAAAUUGGUGCGCCUGAAACCGGAAGUCCUCGCGUCAAAGAAACUUUCUUCCUGGAAAGAGACGGAGUCAAAAACGACAGCGUUUCUGAAAAGCAAGUCUCGUGUGGAACAUAAAACCCCCUCAAGACAUUUCUUAGUAGAUAUGGAGGAAUCCCCUCCCAUGUCUGAUACUGACACGGAGCAGCAAGAAGCGGCUCGUGUUCCUCCGGAGAAAAGCAGCUCGGCCAUCCCUGACAUAUUCAGCAGUAUGUUGGACGACACAACAAGCCAGCAUCGCGCCCAUCUCUUUGAUCUCAAGUGCAAAAUUUGUACAGGUCAGUUAUCUGCCGAUGACGAACCCCCAAAUAAACGUCAGAAAACCACUUCUCCAUCUGUGAAGAAGGUAGAGCCUAAAAUAAAACCAGAGGAUGAUGAGCCUCCCCCACCUCCAGAAGAGGAGUCGGACACGCCAAUGGAGACCAAUGAGCUCAAAGACAGCGUCCCCAAUGUGGUCCCCGAGCCAGUUCCAUUGCCCAGUGCUUCCCCCACACACCCCGUGUCCCCUUUUGUUAGUCAAGCUCCCCCACUCCCUGUCCCAAUCCCUGUCACCACAGUCAUCGGUUCCGGCAGGGACCCCAGAAGAGCGAUUAGUCGACCGCCUCCACCAGCAGCUGCCACCCCUCCAGACAGCAGUCCGCGAGUCGCCCGGGAUAAUGAAGAAGCUUCAGCGCCAUUGCCGCCUCCACCGCCGCCUCCUCCUCCUCCAAUCUUCUCUGCUCCAAAAUCCAUCCUGAUGAAACCAACAACCUCAGAUAUCCGCUAUCUGACAUCAUCGUCAUCAAACGUCAACUCGCCUGAUAUGAGAUCACCCCAAGAUGGAGACACCUCGCUCUUCCUCUCCCGUGUCAACCCUAUCUGGAAGGGAUUUAUAAACAUGCAAUCUGUAGCCAAGUUUGUCACUAAAGCAUACCCAGUGUCUGGUUCUAUCGAGUACUUGAAUGAGGACUUGCCAGACACCAUCCACAUUGGAGGAAGAAUCUCGCCAAAGACUGUUUGGGAUUAUGUGGGCAAGCUCAAAUCAUCUUUGUCAAAGGAGCUGUCCUUGAUCCGCUUCCACCCAGCCACAGAAGAGGAGGAAGUGGCCUACAUCUCCCUCUACUCAUAUUUCAGCAGUCGUGGCCGUUUCGGGGUGGUGGCCAAUAACAACAGGCACGUCAAGGACCUCUAUCUCAUCCCCCUGAGUGCCAAGGAGCCAAUUCCAUCUAAACUGUUACCCUUUGAGGGACCAGGCCUCGAGUCCACACGUCCAAACAUGAUUCUGGGACUGGUUAUCUGCCAGAGAAAUAAACGCCCUGGUCCUAUGGAGCAAGAGAAGGCUGAAGAGAAACGUCCGAAGGCUCAAAGCCAGGAAGAGUUGGAAAGCUUGAAUUUAGGCAAACCAACAACCAAUGCUGUUCAGCCGGAAAAGAAGAAAUAUCAACCACUAUUUACUGACAUAAUGAGAAGUACAACACCUCCGGGAUCACCACCACAAAUCUCUGAGCCAGCGUCAAACGUUGUUCAUCCCAUCCUUCCACUGCCAUCUGCUAAAACAGAGAAUGUCGUUUCCAUAACCAACCUAUUAAAGGGUUCCUCUCCACCUGCUGAACCUUCUGCAUCAUCUGCAAAAACCGCCACUCCGCUGGAGCACAUUUUGAAGACGCUCUUUGGAAAAGCGCCGGAAACCAAAAAUGAAAAUGCGAGUACUCCUCCCCCUGUUGCUGCUGCUGUUACUUCUACAAUGACUACUUCAGUAGAGACUGAAACAGAGACGAGCUUUGUUGACCCCAUCGUCCAGCAGUUUGGACAGAUGUCUAAGGAUAAAGCUUUUGAGGAGGAAGAUGAUAGACCCUAUGACCCAGAAGAAGAGUAUAAUCCAGAAAAAACUUUUGUCCCUACGGUGGUUUUUGACAGUAACGAUAGACCCUAUGAACCCGAACAGCCAUGUGAAAAUCUAUAUGAUGACGAGGCCUAUGAUCCAGAGGAUGAAACCAUACUGGAAGAAGCCAAGGUCCCAUUUGAAGAUUUGCCCAACAGGAUGGCUGCGCAAAAUAAACUCAAAACAUUGGAGGUAUCUACAGAAUUUCUAACAGAGGCUUCUGAUUCCCCAUCGCUUCAAGAACAGCAAAAGAUGCUGGAGGAGCUGAACAAACAAAUAGAAGAGCAAAAGCGACAACUUGAAGAACAAGAGGAAGCUCUUAGGCAACAAAGGGCAGCAGUAGGCGUCUCCAUGGCUCAUUUCUCUGUAUCGGAUGCUUUGAUGUCGCCUCCACCAAAAUCUUCCACAAUGAGCGCCAAUCUGUUUUCAAAAGAACCAAAUACAAUAAAAGCCCUAAUGGAUAUGGAUGUUCAGGUAUUCAACCGCGAUCCUAGACAAGCAAGAGACCCGCGACAAGCCGCCACAAAAAGAACUCUGCCGGACACAGAAACUGUUCCUAUUACACAGCCACAAAGUGAGACACCACCUAUUCCUAUGGAAGCCAAGAGGGCCACCCCUGUCACAACAUCAUCUAUUAGUAUCCAAAAUGAGACCAUGCCUCUUGUUAGCAAUCCAAUACAAAAUGAAAGUAUCUUUCAAAAGGCUGAACUUGACCCUGAGCAGGAAGAAGGAGCUUGGUUUAAUCCACGCAGCACAGGAGCUACACCUGAAACUUUGGUAGGAACCACUAAGCCCCCACGUAAAGUUCUGCUGCCAACGCCUGUGUCGAAUCCACCGCUAAUUAGGCCAUUGGCACAGUUUUCUCCACAAGAACCAUCUUGGUCUCCUGAGGCCAAUGCAGAAGCUCACUUUCCUAAUCAGACAAUGUCUUCACUAGAAAACCGGACUGAUGGUUAUGAACCUAAAAAUGAAGUCAUGUUUUCCCAUAAUAAAGAGCAUAUUCACGGUCAGACAAGUCAUUUUGUAGACCAUAUGAAUGCAGUUAAUCAACCUGACAAUAAUAGGUCUGAUCUGCAGUUUCCAAUGAACCCCACAGUAGGCCCGCCUCAAUCACAGCGUGAAAUUCUACCUGUAUAUAGUGAACAAAGAAUACCGCUUAUAUCUAAUCAUACAGGUUUAAGGGAUUCCCCUAUAUAUCCUGAAGAAAACCUUACACCUAAUAGGGGUAUGCCACAUGAACAAAACAUGCAGCACACAGGGCCUGGACCUUUGCCUGGACAAUAUGGACCGCUGGUUCAUCAUCCAUAUGGAGACAGAGGUCCUCUCCCUCCUCAUUUUGCUAAAGCAGGACUGUCGCCCCCUAGGUUCGAUAGACAAAAUAGUCCCCAAAUGGAAUUCCAAGAACCUCAUUUUGGUGGGCCAAACGAUGGUCCGCCUAGAUUUCACGAUCAACCUAGGUUUGAUGGUCCUCCACAGCUUGACAGUCUGCCUAGAUUUGAAGGACCAAGAGGACCCAUGCCACCUUCAUUUCCAGAUAGUCGAGGGCAAUUUAAUUUUGAAGGUCAGCGCAGACAACAACCCUCACAGUUUACACCUUCCAGAGGUGCUCCAAUCCAUCCUUCCUUUGGCGGACCUAGAGAACCGCCAGCUAGCCACUUUGGUGGUCCUAGAGGACCAUAUCCUGAUCAAUUUGAAGCUUCACGAGGCCCAAGCUCCAUUCCUUUCGCUGGGCAAAGGGGUCCAGCCACUCUUCAAUUUGACGAUUCAAAUAGAAAUUUGCCAGCAAAUCAGAGUCAAAGAGGCCCUACUGCUCUCUCAUUUAGUGGACAACAGGGAGUUGUACCUUCCAGGCUUUCUGACCCUUCUUCGCUCAUGAAACCUCAGCCACGGCCUUUGCUUGAACUCCAAACUGCUCCUCCUUCACAUAGAAGUGAAGCUUGGGACAAACCUGGACCUUCAGAAAUACUUCCAAAUUAUGCAGACCAUCGGCAAGAGCCAGAACCACUCCGGGAUUCGAAUAUUUUCAGACAAAAGGACCACAGAGGCUUUGAAGGUAGACCUCGAAUCUUAGAAGGACAUAAUGAUCCAGAAUCAUCUGACCUUGUACCAAACCAAGGCUUCGAGGAAAAACGAAGAGAAAGAGAACAUGAUGUGCAGUGGGACAGAGACAGGGGAAGAAAUUGGAAUAGAGACAGGAAUCGAGACUUUGACAGACAAAGGGGUAAAGAACGAGAGGGAGACAAAGACACUGAGAAGAGGGAAUGGGACAGAAACCGAGAUAGAGAAAGGGAACGAAUCAGGGAACGAGAUAGUUAUAGAAACCGGGACAGAGAGAGAGACCGGGAUAGAGAGCGAGACCGUGAUAGGGAACGGGAUCGAGAAAAAGAAGGGGACAAAGACAACAAAGAUCGCGAGAGAGACCGGGAUCGCGACAGAGAGAGGGACAGAGACAGGUUUAGAGAGCGCGAUCGAGACUUCUAUAAACGUAGAGACCGAUCCAGAAGCAGAGACAGAGAUAGGAUCAGAGAAAGAUCCCGAAGCAGAGACAGGGAACGGGACAGAGAACGUGACCGAGCUAGAGAUCGGGACAGAGAGAGGGUGCGAGGAAAAGAGCGCACGUUACGUAGCAGAAGCCAGGAGAGGGACUUCAAAUCUGAUCGAUUAAGAGAUGCGCCGAAGAGCACGUCCCAGGAGCCUCCACCUUCCAGUCACACGUAAAGGAAUGGAGUACACAGACUUGUAAUAAUUUAUAAUAGUGUACAUAUCUGUAAAUAUUAAAUUUUUAUUUUAUGUCUAUCCCUUUAAAGGACAAAAUUUGUGUUUCCUCUG